AUGGCCCCAAUCCGCGUGGGACUUAUCGGCUUGUCCACCGCGGCAUCUCCACAGAGACCAGGCGCCUGGGCAGUCCUUGCUCAUCUUCCAUCCAUACUGAACUCACCCGACUAUCAGCUAGUAGCUUUGGCAAAUUCUACCGUUGAAUCCGCGAAAAGAUCAAUCGAAUUCCAUAAUCUGCCACCCGAGACGAGAGCGUAUGGAAACGCCGUGGACCUGGCCCAAGACGAUGAAGUCGACCUUGUGGUCGUGUCAGUCAAUGUACAAAAGCGGCCAAAUCUGGUGAAGCCUGCCAUUUUGGCAGGAAAAGAUGUAUUCGUCGAGUGGCCUCUUGGCGCUAACAGCCAGGAAGCUCGCGAGUUUGCGAGUUUAGCUAAAGCCCAUGGAUCGAGGACCAUUGUCGGUCUGCAAGCUCGGGCUGACCCUUUGGUACUCAAGACCAGGGAGGUUCUCGCCAGUGGAAAAAUUGGCCGGGUAACUAGCUCGUCUGUCUUUGGGUGCUUGAGCCCUUUGUCAACUGAUGUUUGGAUUCCGGGCGCGGAAUACUACCUGGACAUGGAGAGUGGUGGAAAUGCAUUUACGAUUUUCUUCGGACAUUUCCUGGAUACCUUUGCCUCUGUUUUGGGCGAUUUUACAAAUAUCCAGUCCAUCCUCAAAACACAAUACCCAACUACCAACAUCGUCAAUGAUGAAGGAAAAGUUGUCCAUGCCAACCAUCCAAAGUCAGCUCCAGAUCACAUCUUUGUUCAAGGAGCCCUUGAAGGAGGUGCUGUUGCUUCUCUCAGCUUUCGCUCAGUCCCUUCUGCUGUCGACCGCACCGGCUUCCGGUGGUUGAUCAGUGGGACCAAGGGUGAAAUAGAAGUGACUGUACCGGAACUUGGAUGGCAACUGCGUAGCUCCGAAGCAGCUUUGAAAGUGAGAGUUGGGAAGGAAGAAGAUAUUGAGACUGUGGAUCUAUCUACAGACCCAACCUCUACCAAAGUUCCGUUUCCAGGUUCCAAUACAGCUGGAUUGUAUGAUGCUUUUGCAAAAGGCGACAGUAGCAAAUAUGCAACAUUUGAAGAUGCGGUGAAAACGCAUCACUUGCUGGACCGAAUUAUCCAGUCGUCCAAGCUGUCUUAG